CACUGGUGUUAUUUGAACAACUUGCAGUGUUUAAUUGCAGUACAUUUGACUGUGAAGACUGUUUAUGACUGUUAUUCUUUAGGAUAACAGUGUAUUAUUACAAUUUCAGUCUUUAAAUGUUGACUCGUGAUUUUUCUCUACUAAACAUGUAAUAUUUUAUGUUUAAUAAGUAGGAGAUUAUUAAGGUUCACCCCAAAGCCACGUUAGCUAUAAAUGUUAAACAAAGCUAGCUAACAUUAGGGAAUUUCUUGGGUGUAGGAUACCACAACGAAUAAGUGGUGAAAAGUACACUUUUUUAGACACUACAGCAUGUAAUAGUGUGUUUGUGUUAAUAUUUGUUUGUGUUUAUAUUAGUUUAUAAUGUUUAUACUAGUUUGUUUGUGUGGAAGCAGAAGCCACAAAAUGGCGCCGCCUACAGCGAGUGCGUAAAAACGCUGGACGCUAGUGCGCAUGCGCGUCGAGCCAGGCUAUUAAAACUCAUUAUUAAAACUUCUGCGAGAAAUUUCCUCUUAAAGCGCCAUGAGUUCACACGGAGCUCGAGUUCAGUGUGAGUCACCUUUAGAGAAUAAACGCCUAAAUCUCAUCCCUGUUGGGCGACAGCUCCAGAGAACUCCUCCGACUAAAACCCUAAACACUAAACCCACGCAACCAUCAGAAGAACCAGCAAUCAAGGAUGAAGAAGAAGACUCUCAGAUGGUACCACAGGACGGCGCCCCCAGUGGGCAGGACGACGCCGUGUGCCCCUCUGUGAAGGAGGAGAGGAAGUCGUAUCGCAGGUCCAGCAUUACGUCAGCAGCUGCGAAGAUGGGGAACGCUGACCCUGAAGCUUUUAUCCAGGGCAUGCAGGGCUACCGGUGGACUGACGCAGACCUGGAGUUCGUCUAUCAGGCCAAGCAGCAGAAACGAGCCCAGCAGCUACAGUUAGAGUUAAGUGAGAUUGAGAAAACUCUGCAGGCCGAGACUCAGAGGUUGGAGCUGGCUGUCGCCUCUCGAGACCAACUCCAGUCUGAGCUGUCUAAGACUCCAUCCUGCGACUCGCUGCUGCAGCUGUGUAAAAGCGUCCUGUCCCGUUCUCGAACCUCUGAUCAGCUGGAUGGUUUGGGAGACAAAGCUCUGCUCUCGCUGCUGAAUCUACAGGAUGUUCAGCGAGCCGUGCGUGAGGAAAACGCCGAGAUCAGCCAGCUCGAGAGAGAAGCGGCUAAAGCUCAGGAGCUCAGAGACAAGGAGGAGAAAGCCAUGAAGGAGAUGGACAACUGCCAAAAGAAAAUCAGCACACUUCAGGCAAACAUUGAUGCUCUGAAGGUGGAACUUGCAGGGUUGAAGACUCAGCUGUCGGAGAAAGAGGAGGCUUCAAAGGCGGCUCGAGUGCAAAGGGAAGUCCGUAAAGCUGCUAAAGCCCAAGCAAUUUCCGACGCUCCAAAAACCCUAGAGGAAAAAGAUGCAGAGGAGUUGAACACAAGUCAGGCCUCAGUGGUGUCUCAAGUGCCAGUGAAAGACCGCAAGGGAUCCAGAAGGGCUAAACCCUCAACAAAGGCCCUGAAGGAGAAAGUCUUGAAGAAGACAGCUGAGAAGGAAACGGCUCCAAAAGAGAAGGCUGGUAAGGACACACCUGAGGAAGGUAAGACAGCCCCAAAAGAAAAGGCCCCAAAAAAGACAACUUCAAGGAAGACUGCCAAGAAGGAGACGUUCCCAGAGCAGAUGGCCCCAAAUGAGACGCCCUCACAAGUAAAGACCCCAGUGGAGACAGACCCAGAGAAGAUGCCCCCAAAGGUAACGAUUUCAAAUAUGGCUGAAGCGCUUGAGAAGGGCCGUAAGGGAUCCAGAAUGGCUAAAACCUCAACCAUGGCCCCAAAGGACAAAGCCCAGAAGAAGAAGAUGGCUCUGAAAGAUUCGACCCAGAAUGAGAUAGCUGACAAGGAAAUGGCUGAGAAAGGUAAGACAACCCCAAAAAUAAAGGUCCCAAAAAACAUGACUUCAAAAAAGACUGCUGAGAAGGAAAUGGCCCCAGAUGAGACAGCUUCCCAGGUAAAGACUCCAGAGGAGACGGCCCCAGAAAAGAUGCCCCUAAGGGUAAAGUACUCAAGUGUGGCUCAAGUGGUGGAGAAAGGCCAUAAGGGAUCCAGAACAGCUAAAACCUCAACCACGGCCCCAAAGGACAAAGCCCUGAAAAAGACGGCUUUGAAGGAGUUGACCGAGAAUAAGAUGGUCCCGAUGGAGACAGCUGACAAGGAAAUGGCUGAGAAAGGUAAGAUACUCCCAAAGAUAAAGGUCCCAAAAAAGACGACUUCAAAAAAGACUGCCGAGAAGGAAACGGCCCCAGAGGAGACAGCUUCCCAAGUAAAGACUACAGAGGAGACGGCCCCAGAGGAGACGGCCCCAGAGGAGACGGCCCCAGAGGAGACGGCCCCAGAGGAGACGGCCCCAAAGGUAAAGGCCUCAAACGUGGCUCAAGUGCUGGAGAAAGGCCCCAAGGGAUCCAGAACAGCUAAACCAUCAACCACAGCCCUGAAGGAGAAGGCCUUGAAGAAGACAGCACUGAGCGAGACAGUUGAGAAGGAAACAGCUCAAAUUGAGGCAGACCAGAAAGGUGAGACAGCCCGAAAGGUAAAGGGCCCAAAAAAGGCGACUUCAAAGAAUAGGGUUGAGAAGGAAAUGGCCCCAGAGGAGUCAGCCUCACAAGUAAAGACCCUGGAUGAGAAUGUCUUGGAGGAGAUGGCCUCAAAGGUACAAGCCCAAAAGAUGAUGACUUCAGAGAAUACUGAUGAGAGGGAGAUGGGCCUGAAGGAGACGGCCUUGAAAGUUAAGGCCCCAGAGGAGACAUCAUUGGAGGAGACUGCCCCAAAGAUAAAGGCAUCAAAGUUAAAGGCCCCAAAGAAGACAGCUUCAACGAAAACACCUGACAUGGAGAUGUCUGUGGAGUUGAUAGUUGAGGAGGCAACGGUUACUAAGAAGAUGACGUCGAAAUUAAGGGCCCCGAAAAAGACGACUUCAAAGAAGAUGGAUCUGAAGGAGAUGGCCAUGCAGGAAAUGGCUGAGGAUGAGAAUGCCCUGGAGGAGACUGGUGUGAAGAAGGUCCUGAAAGAGGCAUCUAAAAAGGAGAUGGCAUUGAAAAACAAGGUUAUGAAGGUGACGGACCAAGAGGAGACUGCUUCAGAAAAGACUACUCUAAAGGAAGUGGAUGAGGAGACGACUUCAACGAAAACAGCGCGAAAGAAAACAGCCUCAAAAGUGAAGGCCCCAAAGGAAAUGCCCGAGAAAGAAAUAGACCUGAAAAAAACAGUUUUGAGGAGAAGGGCCUCAAAAGAAAAAGUGCCCAAGCAGAAAGCUGGAAAGAACCCAAGUCAGGAAGAGAUCCAUUUAGACAAACAUUUUGAUCAGCCGUCAGAAACAAAGGCUUCCUCAAAUGCAGCACAGGCACCGGGCAGAGCCCAAAAAGCUGCCAAACCCCCAAAAUCUCCAUUAGAGGGUGAUCCUGAAACAGUGCGUCGCUCGAAAAGGAACACUGUAAAGAAUCCAAGUCUGAGCAAGACGAUCCCCGAGAAAACAACCCGCUCCAGGCGGAGAUGAUCGUCUGAGGUAGAGGGCCAAAGAAACCAGACUGCUUUGAUUUUCACCUCACCGUGAUCACUUACCGCCCUCUAGUGGACAUGUUGGUCUUCACAUGAGUGCAAAAUGGCUCAUGGGAUUCAGUUCACAAUACAGAUCCUUCCAAAAUACAGCAUAAAAGAUUUCAGUGUUUAUUUUUCCUGAUUUUUUUUUUUUUGCAUGUUUAUUGUGUUGCACAAAAUUUUGUCUGAAAUUUCAGAGGUUGUUGGCCACUGUAUCCGUCCUGCUAUUUUUGUCUUAAGAGUAUAACACACAAACGAAUUUAAACAUACAGAAUAAGGCCUAGUCCAUGCUAACACAGGCAUCUUUUCUUAUCCGCUUUGUGUUUUCAUCCACGUUCAGAUUUGCUUUCCAAAGUGGAUAAAUCUGAAAAUAGAUAAGGGAAAGUGCAGCUUUUCAAAAACGCUGAUAUAUUAUUGUCAUAUGAUGUCUACAAUUCCAAGAUGGUGGAGCAUAUUGAAGUGCUCUUUCCUGUAUUAGUUAAUUUCAUGUUUGACUGCUUUGUAUUGUAUACAUGUG